AUGGGGCUGCCCCGGCAAAGAGACAACAUAACACAAGAAGAUGAAGGACGGAUAAUUGGAGGGUAUCCCUGCAAUCCUCAUUCUCAGCCCUGGCAAGCUUAUGUGACUGGCCAAUACGUCUGUGGAGGAACGUUGAUUAAUCCAAGCUGGGUUGUGACUGCUGCACACUGUUAUAGCGGAAACUUGGUUGUCCGGCUGGGGGAACACAACCUCCGUUAUCGGGAGGGUGCAGAACGGAUCCGGAAUGUGGUCAGGAUCAUUCAGCAUCCCUGGUUUGACAGGCGCACUCUGAACAACGACAUCAUGCUGCUUAAACUGGAAACGCCUGUCCCCAUAGACUGGAACAUAAGGCCCUUGAGAUUACCUGUCCAAUGCAGUAAUGCCGGAACUCAGUGCCUCGUAUCUGGAUGGGGCACUGUCAGCUCUCCUCAAACAUCUUUCCCAGACGUCCUGCAGUGUGCCAACGUUCGGAUUAUCAGCAGGCAGCGUUGUGCAAACUCUUAUCCCAGACGCAUCACAGACAACAUGAUUUGUGCCGGCAUACUAGAAGGGGGAGUGGACUCCUGCCAGGGGGACUCUGGAGGGCCUCUUGUGUGCAACAGACAGUUGGAAGGGAUUGUCUCCUGGGGCUUGGAGACAUGUGCACAGUCCAACCAUCCUGGGGUUUACACCAGAGUAUGUAACUAUGUGGACUGGAUACAGCAAGUCAUGAGGAGGAACUAA